AUGUCCGACUUCCCUUCUACCGAGGGCGGCAAGAUCUCGUUCAAAGGUCGUGUCGUCGUCGUCACCGGUGCCGGUAACGGUCUCGGCAAGGCAUACGCCCUCUUCUUCGCUUCUCGCGGAGCAAAGGUCCUCGUCAACGAUCUUGGCCCCUCUGCCAAGGACAAGGACAAGAAGGCCGCCGAUGUCGUCGUCGAGGAGAUCACCAAGGCUGGCGGUGAGGCCAUCGCCAACUACAACUCCAACACCGAGGGUGACAAGAUCAUCAAGCAGGUCAUUGACAAGUGGGGUCGCGUCGAUGUUGUUAUCAACAACGCCGGUAUCCUUCGUGACAAGUCCUUCAAGGCCAUGAGCGACAAGGAAUGGGACCAGAUCACCGCUGUCCACAUCACCGGCUCGUACGCCUGUGCCAAGGCCGCUUGGCCCCACAUGCGCAAGCAAAAGUUCGGCCGUAUCAUCAACACCUCGUCCGCCGCCGGUAUCUACGGCAACUUCGGUCAGGCCAACUACGCUGCUGCCAAGCACGCCAUGAUCGGUUUCGGCAAGACCCUUGCCAUCGAGGGCGCCAAGUACAACAUUCUCUCCAACGUCCUCGCCCCUGUCGCUGCCAGUCAGCUCACCGCGACCGUCAUGCCUCCCGAGAUGCUCGAGAACUUGACGCCCGACUACGUUGUCCCCAUCGUUGCCUACCUCGUCUCUGGCGAGAACAAGGACGUUUCGGGUCAGGUCUUCGAGUGCGGUGCGGGCUUCUUCGCCCAGGUCCGCCGUGAGCGCAGCCGCGGUGUCGUCUUCAAGACCGACGACUCGUUCACCCCUGCUGCCGUUCGUGCCAGGAUCGACGAGAUCCUCGACUUUGACGAGAAGCCCGAGUACCCCUUCCGUAUCACCGACGCCAACCACAUGGAGUUCCUCGAGCGCGCCAAGGAGGCUAAGUCCAACGAUCAGGGCGACGGCGACGUCAAGUUCGACGGCAAGACCGUCCUUGUCACCGGUGCCGGUGCUGGUCUCGGCCGCGCUUACGCCCUCAUGUUCGGCAAGCUCGGUGCCAACGUCGUGGUCAACGACUUUGCCGAGAAGAACGCCACCGCGGUGGUCGACGAGAUCAAGAAGGCGGGCGGCAAGGCUGCCCCCGCUGUCGGCUCGGUCGAGGACGGCGAGAAGGUGGUCAAGGCUGCCACCGACGCUUUCGGCUCGCUCCACGUCGUCAUCAACAACGCCGGUAUCCUGCGCGACAAGUCCUUCGCCGCCAUGUCCGACGACGAGUGGCACGCCGUGAUCAACACCCACUUGCGCGGCACCUACAGCGUCUGCCACGCCGCCUGGCCCAUCUUCCAGCAGCAAAAGUACGGUCGUAUCGUCAACACCACCUCGGCGGUCGGCAUCUACGGCAACUUUGGCCAGGCCAACUACUCGACCGCCAAGGCCGGUAUCAUUGGCUUCACCAACACGCUCGGCAUCGAGGGCAAGAAGUACAACAUCCUGGCCAACACGAUCGCGCCCAACGCCGGUACCGCCAUGACGGCCACCAUCUGGCCGCAGGAGAUGGUCGACGCGUUCAAGCCCGACUUUGUUGCGCCCAUGGUGGGCUACCUGGCCAGCGAGGCCAACGAGGACCUCACCUCGAGCCUCUUUGAGGUGUCCGGUGGUUGGGUCGCCGCUGUUCGAUGGCAGCGCGCCGGUGGUCAUGCCUUCAGUCACGGCAAGGCUCCCACUCCCGAGAAGAUCGUCAAGAAGUGGAGCAAGAUUGUCGACUACGAGUCGAACCCCUCGUGGCCCACCAGCCCGAGCGACUCGCUCGGCGACAUCAUCUCCAACUUUGGCCAGGAGGAGGAGGACGAUGACGACGACGACAGCGAGGGUGGUUCGGGCUCGGGCGACUACAACGACCCCGAGGACCCCGAGAUCGUGCAGAACGCCAAGAAGGAGCCCAUCGACGAGUCCGAGUUCACCUACACGGAGCGCGACGUGAUCCUGUACAACCUGGGUGUCGGUGCUACCGCGCAGGAGCUCGACCUUGUCUUCGAGCAGGACGACGACUUCAAGCCGGUCCCUACGUUCGGUGUUAUUCCUCAAUUCAUGGCUAGCGGUGGUAUCCCUCUGGACUGGCUGCCCAACUUCAGCCCUAUGAUGCUUCUGCACGGUGAGCAGUACCUUGCCAUCAAGAAGCCCAUCCCUACCAGCGCCACUUUGGUCAACAAGCCGGCGCUCAUGGAGGUGCUCGACAAGGGCAAGGCAGCUGCGGUCACGUCGAUCGUCAACACCUUCGACAAGAACAGUGGCGAUCUCGUCUUUGAGUCCCAGAGCACCGUCUUCAUCCGUGGCUCUGGUGGAUUUGGCGGUAAGAAGUCGGGUAAGGACCGUGGUGCCGCUUCGGCUGCCAACAAGCCUCCUUCGCGCAAGCCUGACAAGGUGGUCACCGAAAAGACCACCGAGGGUCAAGCCGCACUCUACCGUCUCUCGGGCGACUACAACCCUUUGCACAUCGACCCGAGCUUCGCCCAGGUGGGUGGCUUCGACAAGCCCAUCCUCCACGGCCUCUGCUCGUUCGGCAUCUCGGGCAAGCACGUCUUCCGCGAGUACGGCGCGUACAAGGACAUCAAGGUGCGCUUCACCGGCUCCGUCUUCCCCGGCGAGACGCUCGAGACCAGCAUGUGGAAGGAGGGCAACAAGGUCAUCUUCACCACCCGCGUCGUCGAGCGCGACGCCCAGGCUCUCGGCGCCGCCGCCGUCACCCUCGCCGACGAGUAA